UUACUUGCAUUUCUUUUCCUGCAAAACUUCUGCGAAAAGCUUUACUGUGUGUUUCUUGCACGUGAACUGUCACAGCAUUUGGGGAUUUCUACAGCAGGCUUUCGAAAUCGAAAUCAGAGUUUGAGAAAAUGUUCUCAGAAGGAAUAGUAAGUAUAGUAGGGAGUGAGGUGAUGCCCCUGGACUAUGGGAGCAUGGACUUAGAGAGUAGUCCAUCUCCAUCUAGUUCGGAGAAGACGAUGGAGGGGGUGAGAGGAGACGAGGUGGUGGAGGUUGGGGGGAAUGAGGUGGUAGAGGUUGGGGGAGAUAGCAUACCCAUCACUAUAGUAGAAGUAGAGGGUAGAGGAGAGAGAGAUUAUGAUGUGAACGCAGAGAUAGUGGAGGAGGUGAAGCAAUAUAGAUCUGAACUAAGGACCAGGGAUAGCCUUGGUCACUUAGUGGAAAAUUACGAGAUCUCGUCCCGAGUGUUAGUUAGGCCAGCUGAGGAAGAGGAGAGAGCGUGUUCUGCUCCUUGGGAUCAUUGGAUGCUCGUAUAUUCCCACUAUCUGAUAGCGGGGUUGAGGUUUCCAAUUCCUGAGUUGCUAGGGGGUAGUAGGAGGGAUAAGGGGUGGUAUUAUUUCACCCCGAGGGUAGCUAGUAAGGAGAGUAGGUCUUUGUUCACUGCAGGUCCUUCAUCCAUUAAAGGAUGGAAGGAAAAUUUCUUUUUUGUAGAUGAUACGGAACGGGAGAGGGGGGAUGCCGAGGUGAGGGAGUUAGCAUCCUCGAAGGCUAAAAGAGCCAACCAUAAUAGCGCACAAUGCAUAGAAGCUACUAAGCUCUAUGGGCCAAGCGCUUUAAGUGAAGUUGAAAUGGAUCAGUUUUUGAACACUGUUGGAAGAGUGGCUAUCCCUAAGAAGCCAAGGAAGAAGUCAAAGACUUCAACCAAGCAAGUGGAUGAGGGGAAGGCUAUGAAAGAGGUGGUGCCCGCUACUUCAGCUGAGACAGAGGAGGAGGUGCCGCAGUUGAAGAGGAAGGGUUGGGAGGAGAGGAGGACACUUCAGAAGAAGAAGAAGGUGGUGGAGGAGGAGAGGGGGAAUGAGGUACCUCAGUUCGUACCUCAGCCUCCUCCUGUUGAGCUGGAGCCUGAGCUUAGACAGUUGGAGGAGGGGGCUGAGGUACGAGCUCCCGGUAAGGGAAAGGGCCCUGUUCCUCCAAUGGCAUUCCAGAGCAGCCUGUUUGAGGUGAAGAACAUGACGGGGGCUAGGUGGUUCAUCAACUUCACCUUCCCCGAAGUGGACAAACACAACGCGCAAGAUGAGGCUCUGAGCGCAAACUGGGUGAAUGGUCUAGCCCAAGAGUUCAUGGAUAGCAUGAAGGAGCGCUCACUCUUGCAGAGGAUCUUUGAAAGCGAGCGUGAGGCUCAGGCGCAAGAAAUAAAGCUGAUGAAGGAGGCUUUCGUGGAGUUGAAGGAUAAUGUGCAGACUUCGGUGCACAAUGGGAUGAAGGAGCACAUUAGCAACUUCAUCAACUCCAGCUCGUUUGACAACAUCGUUAACUUGUACCGGCUGCCCACUGCCAUCAUUGCAUUCACGGACUGCAGGAAGAAGGUGAAGGCAGAAUAUCCCGAAGUGGAUAUUACAAAGAUCACCUUCGGCGAGCAAGAAGAAGGAGUGGAGGAAGACGGUGAGAGCAUGUCAGCAGACUUUCGUCCUCAAAUCAAACUGAGGUGGGAGAAUGAUGCAAACGGACGUGCUGUUUUCCCUCCACAGUUCGACUUCGAGUUCGUUGCAGUGGAGGAAGAAGGGGCAGAGGUAGAGGAAGACGAGGUGAAGGCAGGAGUGGAGGGAACUGAAGUAGAUGAAAGCCAACCAGUUCCAGAAGUGGAGAUUCAUCCAGUUCCUUCCGACGAUGAGCAGCCUCCUCUACCAGACGAGCAGCAGCCAACACAGCCACCUCCUCCAGCUGAGCAGGAGCCAGUGGAGCCACCUCUCCCAGCAGAGAAAUAAUUUUGUUGUUUGUUUUUUGUUUUUUUGUUUUUUUGUUUUUUGUAGAAACAUUAAACAAUUUGUAAUACUGUUAUUAUUCUGAAUGGGAAUUCAUUUUUGAAAUCAUGUGUUUGUUUGUGUUUGUUUGUGUUUGCCUUUUUGUUAUUAUAUAUUGAUAGAAGAACUGAGACUUCUUUAUAAAGGAAAGUUAAUCAU